AUGGUCUGCGUUAACAAGAUCAUACUUAACGACACGCCCAGUUUGGUAGUAACUACUGUCUUCAUCCAGGCACUAAUGACAGUCCUCCUCGUGCACCUCUCCGCCCUCCUCCGUCCAACACGCUUCCAACUCCCCCACCUCUCGCUCCAAACCUGCAUUUCCCUAGCCCCAGUGAUGCUAGGCGACGUCGCCGGGUUCACGCUCAACGCCUUCUGUCUCCGAGAGGUCGAUUCCACCGUCUACCAAGUGGCGCGCGGGCUAGCACUCCCAUUCACGAUACUCGUUUCCGCGCUCUCGACACGUACUCCUCCUUCUCGCGGGGUACUGCUCUGCGCGGGCAUCGUCACAGCCGGGUUUUUACUGGGGGUCACGCCCCCUCCUGCGGAUGGGCAAGGAGUGAGGAAAACGAAUAUAAACCUCCUGGGAGUCGUGUACGGCUUGCUGGCAUCGUUGUCAGUAGCAGUACAGGCAGUGCUCAUCAAGCGUUCUUUGCCUUACGUCAAGGGGAGUGCGCUCCAACUCGCUUACUGGCGGAAUUUGGGGUCGGCGGUGGUGCUGCUGCUGUUUAUGCUAGCAAGGGGAGAAGUAGGAGAGCUCAGGAGCUUGCUUGCCAGAGGCUGGGAAUGGAAGACAUUUGUCUACGGGAACCUCCUUACCGGAGUGGUGGGAUUCAUGAUCUGCCUCGCCGGCACUCUCUCGGUGAAAGUGACAUCUCCGGUGACGCACAUGUUCGCCUCGGCGGGGAGGAGCGUGUUGCAAGUCCUGUUAGGGGUGGGGUGGUUAGGGGAGGGGAUGGGACUCCAGAGAGUGCUGAGUUUGGGGGUGAUCUUGGGGGGGACGGGAGGGUAUACUUGGGUGAUGAGUUUGCCUAAGGAGGAGGUGGGGAGGGAGGAGGGGGGGGAUGUGGAGAAACAGCUGUUGGGAAGGAGGGAGGAGCAGGGCGAGGAGGGCGAGGGAAGGUAG